UAAAGGUGAAAUUAAACUUUUUUGGGUACCCACCCCUACCUACUCUCACUAAAUAUCAACCACUUCCUUCUCAUUUGUCAUUUCUUUCUGUCCAUCGCCGUCUCCAAUUUCUCUAGUUUUUUCUCCAAAAGCUUCUCAUCAUCUCUCUCACCGUUAGCUUCCCUACAGAUCCCUAUGCCAUGUACGCCCUCCUCCCUUAUUCACCAUUCAAAGUAUCAGUCUAUUAGACAUGCGAUCCACUCAUCCUCCCCAAUCCAAAUCACCUAAGAGCUGAGAUGAACAAAUCACCCGAGUUCUACAAAUCCUAUCAAACAUGAGCUGAGAUCUACAAAUCCUCAGCGUUCAUGAAGAUUCACAAUCCACAAAUUAUCGCCGUUCACCGGUUAUGUUUGAUCUUCCUCGAUAUCUCUUCAUCACUGUUGCAGUGGGUGAUGAUUCCCAUUACACGCUUCAAAUUGAAAGAACUGGAAAUAGAUAUAAGGUCGUAAACUUCCAAAGUGUAUUUCGUUACGUGGUGAAUGGCAAGUUGGUGCUUAAGAAAAGGAAUGGUAAUGGGAAAGACAUUGGUGUGGAGAGUAUAGUGCUGAAGGAAAAGUGUAGGUUUUGGCGUGAUUUCAGUUACAUAUGGAGCUGGGAAUGUGGCUUGAAGAUCCGGAAGAAAGGGGAUGACCGAAACAGCAGGUCCUUGCUUAUUUAUUCAAAUAUUGAUUAUAGAUGUUUCAUAGAAGCCUAUGCAUGUAGAGAAGGUCCUGAAAGACCUUUAAUGACUCAUUAGAUUUUACUUUAGCUUAUUAUUAUAAUUAGAAUUCCUACUGUGUAUAAGCUUGGCCUUUUUUUGACUUCUAACAAUAAUGGAGCAUGAUGGAAUAUUUGUUGUAGGAAUAAGACAGAAAAUAAGCCCCAUUAACAACACCGAUGAAAAGAUUAAUUAAGCAAAGGAUAACAAAAUAUAUUGUUUUUUAAUUACGUUGAGGAUACUAAGUGUCACCUUUUCUGCUACUACAACUUCUUUUGAUUCACUAUUGUCAUAUGAUUAGUAGAAAACACUAGCAAUUGAAAGUUAGUCAAUUGAUACACAACUAAUUAAUUGUUAGUUUUUACUCUUAUUGUAAUUUGUUUGUUUUCAUUAAUGUUGCAUUUCGCCGGAAUUGCAAGAGCGUGCGUGGCUUUAAUUAGAUUCUUAUCUUAUGCAUUCUGUCAUUUAAUUUCUUUCUAUAUUAGCGUUAUUCUCUUCAUACUAUGAGAUCAUUAAUUUUCAAAACUCAGGUUAUACAAAGUAAAAUAAAACUGUAACCAAAUGCUUAUGCUUAUUAGAUAUAAAUAUGAAGAAAUUGAAUUGAAGUAUAGUCUGUCUCGAGGAACAUAUUAUAAGAUGACAUUGCCAAUGUUUCACGAACUUGCUAUGAAAAGGACAUAUUUUAGAUAACAAAGUCGAAGAUAACGAUCUUCAACUUAACUUUAAUCUGCAAUUUCUCAGCAAAAAAAACUCUAAUCCGUCAUUUUUCAGCUCUGCGAUCAAUAGGAACAUUGUAAGAUUGAGUCAUUAUAACUAUUUUCAUUAUAUUUAAGAUUGAACCUUAAAUUAUUUGCUUACAUCAGACCUGUUAAAUAUUCUAGCAAAGUCAAUACUUGAAACUAACAAGACAAGAGGAUCAUGCUUGAUGUUUUAGCCCCAUAAGAGAUGUAGCUUGCAAAAAAAAAAAAA